ACCAGCAGAGCUGUGAGGGCGGUGGCCCCAGCUCUGGCCUCAUGUCCUCCUCGGCAUGGUGCUUCCAGCCGCCUGCCAACGGUCUGACGCUAGAUUCUAGCGAGAUUUCCGCUGUCUUAAUCCCGACACCUGGGCUUUUCAUCUCCAUGUUCACAGCACAUGCCAGGAGGUGAGGGAAACAUCGAUAGCUUUUGAGACAUCUGAUUUGACGAUGGCGUGGCAUCAAGCUGCAUGUCAAGGACAUUUGGAAAUGCCCUCUCCAAGAAUAGCUACCUGGCUCUUUCCUUUUAAUACGACAUAAACACGACCUUCAAGUUAUGACGGAUCCUGCUGCAUCUCAGGAACCUAAGGGACUGUAAUUAGAAUGUGCUGUCCAUGCCGAGAUGCACACAGGGGAGGUAGAGCCAGAAAUGAGUCAGAGGUGCAGGGAAGUGGGUGUGGCAUCCAUGGGACUUGGGGAGGGGAGGGGCACAGUGUCCACAGAGCCCUGCGGCAAAGGCCUGUCCUUUGGGUGGAGUGAAUGUCGAGGUGUGUGGACACACCCUGAGAUGGAAUCCAGUGGAAGCUCUCGUGUUCCAGAUUGCCCACAUCUGUCAUCUGGGCUGGGGCAGGUCCUGGGGCCAGAGGUGGAGACAGCUCAGGGACGGGACGAGCACAGCAAGAAAGCAGGGUCCGGCAUCGCCCCAGAAGCCGCAGCCAAUCUCUGGAUCUGAGCCUGAGCGCUCGGUCAGGUCACAGGGCAGGAGGCCAGGGGUAGGGGCUGCGAGACCAGGUCGGAGAGCCGUGGGCAAAGGAAGUAGCAGCCUUGGGCUCGAGGGGUGGAGACGUCCUCUGGGGUGAGAGCGUUGAAUUCCACUUUAUUUUGCAUUUCUGACUCCCUUGUUCUGUCUUUUUGUACAAAAGGACACACUGAGAGAUUGUCAAGUGCUUUGAUACAAAAAUAUAACUCCGUCCCAUUCCUACUUUCUAGUCUACCGAUUCUCUUUUAUUACUAUUUUUCUAAAGAAGUUGCUGCAGUACAACACCCUCUCUGUGGGCUGACAGCAGUGCUGAGCCACCCUCGCACCCCGUCCUUGUGCACAGACAUCCGCUCCACCGUGCUCUCAAUGCUCCUGUUCCCAUGAGACAGGGCAAAACGGAGAUGUGGACUCCUACGCACAGAGAGAUCGUGAUUUCAAAAAUCACACAUCUAACACAAGUGGCAGGAAAUGUGGAAGAAAGCCAACGUGACAACCGAAUCAAUAUUAAAACCAAGCCAAACCAACCUGGGGAUCAUGAGCAGCACGAGGAGGUCAGGCCGUGGCGCUCCCUGGGCAGGGGCUCCUUCUCCUACAGGGUCAAGCCCAAGCCCCUGGGAUGCCCGGGCCCUGAGGCCUCUUCUCUGUCCAGCCUCUGGUCCCAACCCUGAUGUGUCAUCUCAAAGUCAGCAUGUCCCGAACCUGCUGAUGAACUGCUCCUCAUUGGCCAAACCCAACCAGAGCUCAUGCGUGGGAGUCCAGCUGAUGUGCAUCCCAGGGCCUGGAGCGGGUGACAAAGCAGGGAGGCAGGAACCACAAGGGAAGAGAACCGUUGGGCCGCCCAGUCACAAAGCUCGAGACGGUCACCUCAGUGCAGCUGGUGUUUUCUUCUGUGAAAACCUGAGCUCCGUCCCAGCUCUGCUCCUGCUCCAGGGGCCAGCCUAUUUAUGCCGCUGCACCUUCCCUGGGCACUUUGUUUCCAGCUUCACCAGGGCCAGCACAGACCGCUCCCAGAGACCCUGCCCAGAUCUGCAAGCCCAGACCUGGGAGCUGAAAUGUCGGAUUCGGAAGCUGAAGAGUUCCCACCUGCUACAGAAUCCUCCCAGAGCUCUGCUUCCAAGGGCACUAGGCUCCUGGGAGAAAGUUUCUAACCUUUUGUUCACACCCGCUUGCUGUGGUCUUGCUGUGUGUGGGCGGCAUCUCUGCAUUCACCGGUAGAAAUGUUGACCUUGAGAAUGGGCCAGAGAAUUCCUUGACAGACACAAAAAGAGGCCGUCCCAGACCAGGACUCCUUACUGGUUGUUUACAGUGCACAAAGCACCAAGGGCCUAAGGGGCGCCUGGGUGGCUCAGUCGGUUAAGUGUCUGCCUUUGGCUCAGUUCAUGAUCUCAGGCUCUGGG